UGCACACGUGUCUCCCUCUUGGAGAUGCUUCUAUGGCGGGACUACUAGAUUUGUCCCGUGUCUGAGCUCUGCUGACCCGCACAGAGAAGCCUCUCUUCAUAGGCAGAUCUACACAGUCAGAACUGACCCAAGGGAAGGUGAAAGAGAUGGAAGAGCAGAACCUAGAAGGACCUGGAAUUGGCAAGACCACAAGAAAAGGCCCUUAUCCCAGUCAAGCUGGGAGCGGUGCUGAAUCCUGGGAAUCGGCUGUGUCAGAGAUCCUGGCUAAGGACAGCAUAACUUCAGAUGAACACUGCCAACACUUCCAGAUGUUCCGCUACCGUGAGGCCGAUGGGCCCCGAGAGGUUUGCAGCCAGCUCCAUGGACUUUGCAACCAAUGGCUGAAGCCGGAGAGGCACACCAAGAAGCAGAUCCUGGACCUGGUGAUCCUGGAGCAGUUCCUGACUCUCCUGCCCCAGGAAAUGCAGGGCUGGGUCAGAGGAUGUGGGCCGGAGACCAGUUCCCAGGCGGUGGCCCUGGCCGAAGGUUUCCUCCUGAGCCAGGCAGAGGAGAAGAGGCAGGCAGAACAGAUGUUGGGGUCAUCCUUGAAGAUGGUCCCUGAGGCAGGAGAAGCUCCUUCCGAGGAAAUCCAGAGGCCAUGGAGCGUGCCCAAGAUUCCCUCUCCUGUGGGUCCCUUUUCCUUUGAGGAGGUGUCCAUCUCUUUCACGGAGGCAGAGUGGGCCCUUCUGGAUCCGGACCAAAGGGCUCUCCACAGGGAAGUCAUGCUGGAGAACUAUGGACAUGUGGCCUUUCUGGAAGCCAGAAAUAGAAGAGAGACUACGGUGGAGACAGACAGCAGCCUUCCAUCCAAAGAAAGGCCGGAUAGUUCCACAAAGGGAACCCAAGAGCAUAUUUCCUUGCUGGAUAAUCUGGCCAAGACAGAGGAUGAUCAGCGGAAUGAGGAGGUUGAAGAACUUCAUCAGCAAAUGCCAGAUAGAGUUACAAAUGAUGACUUGAAAGAAAACGUGAGGAAUCGAGGCAGGCCUAAAGGGAAAAAAGGCAGCCGUAUGAGUGAGAAGAGAGAUGGAAGACAGUGGAAUGAAAAUUCUCCAAAGAACAAGAUAAUUAAGGCAAGUAAAGCCAUUCAGUGUAGAAAGAGCUUCAGAAAGAGAUCACAGCUCCUUCUGCAUGAAAGAAUACACAGAGACGAAAAACCUUUUGAAUGCUCAGAGUGCGGAAGGAGACUGAGUACAAAAAGCCAUCUUAAGGUGCACCAAAGAAGCCACACAGGGGAGAAACCUUUUGAAUGCUCAGCGUGUGGAAAGAGAUUCAGUCAGAGUGCCCAUCUUCAACAGCAUCAAAUAACUCACACAGGGGAGAAGCCAUUUGAAUGCUCAGUGUGUGGAAAGAGGUUCAGUUGGAAGGACCAUCUUCAGAGGCACCAAAGAACCCACACAGGGGAAAGACCUUUUGAAUGCUCUGAGUGUGGAAAGGGAUUCACUCUGAAAGGCAAUCUUCAGACACACCAACGAACCCACACAGGGGAGAGACCUUUUAAAUGCUCUGAGUGUGGAAAGAGAUUCACUCGGAGUGGCAGUCUUCGGCUGCAUCAAAGAAUCCACACGGGGGAGAAACCUUUUGAAUGCUCAGAGUGUGGAAAGAGAUUCAGUCAGAGUGGCUAUCUUCAACAGCAUCAAAUAACUCACACAGGGGAGAAGCCUUUUGAAUGCUCAGUGUGUGGAAAGAGGUUCAGUAUCAGGGGGACUCUUCAAUUGCAUCUAAGAACCCACACAGGGGAGAAACCUUUUGAAUGCUCAGUGUGUGGUAAGAGAUUCAGUCGCAGUGACAGUCUUCAACUGCACCAAAGGACCCACAAAGGGGAGAAACCUUUUGAAUGCUCAGAGUGCGGUGAGGGAUUUAGUCGGAGUGACCAUCUUCAGAAGCACCAAAGGAGCCACACAGGGGAGAGACCUUUUGACUGCUCAGUGUGCGGAAAGGGAUUCAGUCAGAGUAGCAAUCUUCAACGGCAUCAAAGAUCUCACACAGGGGAGAAGCCUUUUAAAUGCUUAGUGUGUGGAAAGAGAUUCAGUAUCAGGAGGACUCUUCAACUGCAUCUAAGAAACCACACAGGGGAGAAACCUUUUGAAUGCUCAGUGUGUGGAAAGAGAUUCAGUCAGAGUUGCAGUCUUCAAUUUCAUCAAAGAACCCACACAAAGGAGAAACCUUUUGCAUGCUCAGAGUGUGGAAAGAGAUUCAGUCGGAGUGGCAGUCUUCAGCUGCAUCAAAGAAUCCACACGGGGGAGAAACCUUUUGAAUGCUCAGAGUGUGGAAAGAGAUUCAGUCGGAGUGGCAGUCUUAAGGUGCAUCAAAGAAUCCACACAGGGGAGAAACCUUUUGAAUGCUCAGAGUGUGGAAAGAGAUUCAGUCGGAGUGGCAGUCUUAAGGUGCAUCAAAGAAUCCACACAGCGGAGAAACCUUUUGCAUGCUCAGAGUGUGGAAAGAGAUUCAGUCACAGUGGCAGUCUUCAGGCACACCAACAAACCCACACAGGGGAGAAACCUUUUAAAUGCUCAGUGUGUGGAAAGAGAUUCAGUCAUAGUGCCUAUCUUCGACAGCAUCAAAUAACUCACUCAGGGGAGAAGCCUUUUGAAUGCUUAGUGUGUGGAAAGAGAUACCGUCAGAGUGGCCAUCUUCGGCAGCAUCAAAUAACUCACACAGGGGAGAAGCCUUUUGAAUGCUCAGUGUGUGGAAAGAGAUUCAGUCAGAGUGGCCAUCUUCAACAGCAUCAAAUAACUCACACAGGGGAGAAGCCUUUUGAAUGCUCAGUGUGUGGAAAGAGAUUCAAUCAGAAGGGCCAUCUUGAAUUGCAUCAAAGAUCUCACACAGGGGAGAAGCCUUUUAAAUGCUUAGUGUGUGGAAAGAGAUUCAGUAUCAGGAAGACUCUUCAACUGCAUCUAAGAACCCACACAGGGGAGAAACCUUUUGAAUGCUCAGUGUGUGGAAAAAGAUUCAGUCGGAGUUGCAUUCUUCAGCUGCAUCAAAGAACCCACACAAAGGAAAAACCUUUCGCAUGCUCAGAAUGUGAAAAGAGAUUCAGUUACAGUUGCAAUCUUCAGCUGCAUCAAAGAACCCACACAGGGGAGAAACCUUUUGAAUGCUCAAAGUGUGGAAGGAGGUUCAGUCGGAGUGACAAUCUUCAACUGCACCAAAGGACCCAAACAGGGGAGAAAUCUUUUGAAUGCUCAGAGUGUGGAAAGAGAUUCAGUCGGCAUGGUGAUCUUCAACGACACCAAAGAACACACAUGGGGUGA